GCGGCGAGGGCCGAGCUGAGGGGACAGAGCAGGGGACCUGGCCUGCAGAGUGCGGGAUUGUGCCGGUUUCCCUGUGCCACACCAAGGCUGGGAAGAGCCGUUUGCCUUGGUGCAGAAGGCAACCUAUCUCGUCCGGGGUGUGCCAGAGAGGCCGUGGCGCGGUGGCACCGUUACCUCUUGCUUGUUCAAUGAUCUUUGAGCUUCUGACUUGAUUUUCCUUUUGCUGUUGGGAAGUGGGAAGUGCGAACACCCUCUGUGCUGUUAACGAGCAGGCGGUUGGCGCAAACAGCUGCAGAGACGCUUCACCGCCUGACGGCACUCAUGGCAGAGCUGGCGCCCCAUUAAUUUUGCAUGCGCGUCCCGGGCACGGUGCAAGGCGUCUCAGGGUUCCGGUGACUUUUGUCCUUCUCAUUGUGCCGCGCUGUGCCGCACCGCAGGUCAGGUUCCCCUCCGCUCACCAUAACAUUUACACAGUGGCAGGAGCCCAUCUAAUAUUCAUGGGGUGAUUAUUUAUUGAUGGGGAGAGGCUGGCACAGGCACCCCCAGCGAUGCUCCUUCGGCCAUGUGCCACUGCCCCCAAAAUCUCAGGGGUUCCUCCUCCCCCGGGAGCUGCUGAUUGCUGCCAGGGCCCCCCCAGCACGGAGCUGGAGCUGGAGCUGGAGCCAGCGCCACGGGAUUACCCGGCUAAGGAGCUUUGCGGCAGAGGGAGGCGGAGGAGAUUACAAGAGUUCUCAUUAGGCUGGGGCUGAACGUGCAUCGUUUCCCCCGCAAACCGGGCCCCGGCCCCGCUCCUUUCCCGGGGCACAAAACGGGACAGCCGCUCGCGUCCCGCCUUCCUCGGGAGGUGCUGGGCUGCGUUUCACCCCAAUCCGCCGAGCCAAGCAGGGCAACUGCUCCGGCUUCGGCGAACCCCCAGCUCUGCCCCGCAGAGCCGGCGGCAUCACCAGCACCCACACUCGCGCCCCAUGACGGCACGGUUGGCAACGCGCAAGCGCUUCUGCUGGGAGGUUUUUGUUUCGGACGCGCAUCCACCGGAGAGGAGGGAAGCUGUGCCGGCACGGGCAAAGGGCCGCAGCCCCCGCUGCCCCCCAGUGCCGGCAGUCUCACCCACGGGGGAGCCCUUCGGGGGGCACCCGCUGCGGCGCCGCCCGUCCUGCCCCCCACCUGCCCGGCGCCCUCACGCGCUUCCCAAGCUCAUCAAAUAUUGAGGGCAGGAGGGCCGAGGAGCCGGCCCCCCGCGCCGCCUCGCAGCCCCCGCCGUCACGUUGGCGGCGCGGCGGAGCGCGGGCGCGCAGGAGGAGCUCCCGCCUCGCCCGGGGCCACGGCUAAAUUUAGGCAGCUGGCGCGGGGGCCCGGCGGAGCAGCAUGCAGGUCUCCUUUGUGUGCUCCGAGCACAGCAUCAAAAGCCGGAGCGCGGAGGACCGGCUGAACCGGCAGAAUGCCGGCAGCCCCAGCCUCGGCACCCGCGGCAAGUUCCGGGCAGUGGCCAUGGUGGCCCGCAGCCUGGGGCAGCUCUCGGUGCAGAACGCCCCCUCGUCCAGCGAGUCCAGCGUCAAGCAGCCGGGGAUGAAGUACCGGAACCUCGGCAAGUCCGGGCUGCGCGUGUCCUGCCUGGGCCUGGGGACAUGGGUGACCUUUGGAGGGCAGAUCACAGAUGAGAUGGCGGAGCAGCUGAUGACUUUAGCCUAUGACAACGGCAUUAAUCUCUUCGACACGGCAGAAGUCUACGCCGCCGGCAAGGCCGAGGUGGUGCUGGGCAACAUCAUCAAGAAGAAAGGCUGGAGACGGUCCAGCCUGGUCAUCACCACCAAAAUCUUCUGGGGAGGAAAGGCUGAGACGGAGAGGGGCCUGUCCCGAAAACACAUCAUUGAAGGUCUGAAGGCGUCGCUGGAGCGGCUGCAGCUGGAGUAUGUGGACGUGGUGUUCGCCAACCGGCCUGACCCCAACACGCCGAUGGAAGGGAGCCCAUUUAGUUCCUCCAAGUCCAGGACUUUCAUCAUAGAAGAGACGGUGCGAGCCAUGACCCACGUCAUCAACCAGGGGAUGGCCAUGUACUGGGGGACCUCGCGCUGGAGCUCCAUGGAGAUCAUGGAGGCGUAUUCGGUGGCCCGGCAGUUCAACCUGAUCCCGCCGAUCUGUGAGCAGGCCGAGUACCACAUGUUUCAGCGGGAGAAGGUGGAGGUGCAGCUCCCGGAGCUCUUCCACAAGAUCGGCGUCGGAGCCAUGACCUGGUCGCCGCUGGCUUGCGGCAUCGUCUCGGGGAAGUACGACGGGGGGAUCCCCCCCUACUCCCGCGCCUCGCUGAAGGGGUACCAGUGGCUGAAGGACAAGAUCCUGAGCGAGGAGGGCCGGCGGCAGCAGGCCAAGCUGAAGGAGCUGCAGGCCAUCGCCGAGCGCCUGGGCUGCACCCUGCCGCAGCUCGCCAUCGCCUGGUGCUUGCGCAACGAGGGCGUGAGCUCCGUCCUGCUGGGAGCCUCCAACACCGACCAGCUGAUGGAGAACAUCGGAGCAAUACAGGUCCUUCCAAAGCUGUCGUCUUCCAUCGUACACGAGAUCGAUAGCAUCCUGGGCAACAAACCCUACAGCAAGAAGGACUACAGAUCCUAAGUGCGCCCGCAAGCGCGCCGCCCGCCGCGCAGCCCUCGCCGCCCCUUCGCUUGCUUGCGCUUCGUUGGAGCAAAGUGGAGAGCGUGGUUUGCACCGCGAGCGCCGGCGCUCCCGCCACCCCAGACCAUCGCACUGCGUGCGCCGGCACGGCUCGGGAGCAGGGGACAGGCGCUGGUGGGGAGCGCGAGCCCCGAGCCGCCCUGCCUGCAGCCGGAGCCGCCGCGGUGCCGCCGCGGUGCCCCGUUGCAUGCAAGGCUGCCGCCCCGCGGUGCCGGCGGGGGCGAGCAGUGCUGUACCCCCACCAGGCCAACAACACGAAGCUGUUCCUGCCCCGGCCCCUCACCUCUGCCCUGCGCCGCGGCUGCGCCAGCUCCGGGGAACCACCGGCUGCGGGCCGGACGGAGGGUUGGGGGGGCCUGGGGGGUAUGUGUAUGUAUAUAUAUAUACACAGAUACAUAUAUAUGUACAUACACCUAUGUAAAUACAGAUCUAUACCUCCGUA